UCAGAAAACGCACGGCUUAAACACCAAAAAAGUAUACUUUAUUCGUAUAACGUAUUUCAAUUUCAAGUUAAAAAUCGUUGAUAAUUUAGUGUUUUGUAAUUUGCUUUCUACCUUUCCCUAUAUUAAAAAUGAAGAAGUACAAUAUUGUCGGUAAUAAGAAGAAAGUGACAAUGGAGACGAACUCGACUCUUCUGAAAGUAGUCGGAAACAAUUGCAUCGUUUACGUUCGUACUAACUACGGCGACAUCGAGGUGGUUGGCAACGAUUGUCGGGUGGAGGUAACAGAGAACCACGGGGUCAUCAACCUUGUGGGCGGGAACGGUUUUGUGAACAUCAGCAAACGUUGGAAAGGCGACAACGUUCAACUCCUCGGGCCGAAUUGUAGCCUGACCGUUGCGGGGAAGCUGAAGUCAGCCCCGUCGUACGAAGCCCAGCUGUCGCCAUUCAGCAAGGACCUGGACGACGUCAUUGAAUCGAUUUUCACAUUCGUGAUGCGGUGACCAGCGGUGAACUCAAAUGGAUUUUGCUUUUUUGUGUUAAACAGUGAAAGAUACGUGGCACCUUCAGUGACUUUUGAUUCGGUAUCAGUGCUUUCGGUUGCGGCUCGAGGUCAUGAUGUAGAAGGGUCUGUUUAAAUAAAUGCGCUUUUUUUUU